CCACGGCCAUCGUUUCGCAUCAUCUGAGCGGUGACUGGAACUAUAAUGUCCACAAGGCAUUGCACAAGGGGAGCCGGCCAGUGCCCGCUGUGCCCAUUGGGAGUUGUAGUUUCCUGGCGCAGUCUGUGCGGAGCGGCGCUGCCAGCUGCCGACAUUGCUCUUCCGAACGAAAAUGUGAGAGAUUUUUAACGAAUUUUUUUUGAUAACGAAAAUCACGGGUGGACUUCCUGGUGGAAGGUGUGGGCUGGUGAAGAUGAGGAACCAGCUGUGGAGCGUGCCCCCCUUCCGGAAAAUGCCAGACCGCCGGAUCCGCAAAGCCCGCUUCAAGGACCGGGACCUGCGCGUGCUGAUCGACUCCGUCAUGGAGCGGCGGGGGGACAUCUUCGGUGAGGGAGGCCAGCCGCCCACCAUGCAGAGCCGCCGCCAAGCGUGGCUCUUCGUCAUGGAGAAAGUCAACGCCGUGUCCGGGACUCGCAGAACCUGGGAGGAGGUGCGGAAGAAGGUCCAUGACCUGAAGAAAAGCACCAAGGAAAAACUCGCUUAUAACAGAAGAGCACGCCAGUUAUCGUGUGGCGCCCGGCCAGACAUCAAAACAUUGACAGAGUUUGAGAAUGAUAUGAUCCUUCUCUUUGGGAAAGAAAGCUUUGAAGGCCUUGAUACAGCAGAUCUUGGUGUUCUGUCAAGACUCAGUGACCAAGGAGAAACAAGUGGAUCAUCAACUACAGCUGCAAAACAGCACCAUACACCUAAGUACCAAAUAUCAUCACCCCAAGCUGAAGCAGGCACCAGCAUAGAUACACCCACUGGAGGAGGUGGUAGUGUUGAGGAUGAGGAGGAACUGGGUGAGUCACUGAACAUUAGUGAGGAUGGGGGACCAAUAUUGGUAGAUGAUGAGAGGUCAUCCUUUGAAGGGUGGAGGCCCCAUGUGUUGGGUCCUCCAAUUGAGGCAGAUGCAGAUACAGAUCUCAGUGGGCCUGCUUUCAAACGGAGACUGUUAGAACAUGAGUUCAGCGUUGAACAGUCACUUGCCUCCAUACAUACAACAGUGGAAGAUGGCAUGGUUAUGUUGGACCAACGGUUGUGUGCAUUGCAGUCAGCUAUUGAGCACGUGGCAACACCGGUGGCAUCUGCAGUGGAGACCUCACUUACUCAGGCCUUGGACACAGUCGGGUCAUCGCUCAUGAAUGCUCAUUCGGCUGCUAUAGAAGUUUUGGGGUCAAAGCUCCAAGAAGCUGUCAAGGCAGGCUUCAAUUCACUUGGAGAGCGCUUGCAGACAACCAUGGCUGAGGGAUUCCAAAGUCUCAUAGAAGCGCAGUGCUCUAUGCUCACUCAGAUUAUUGGUCAGCGUGAAAAGCUGGCCUCCUCUACUGGAAUAGCGCAGGCUCGUCCAGUUGGCAGUCAUUCUAGCGGGGGCUUGGUGCUAUCAAAAAAUCCCACACAGAUGACUGCAAGUGCUGCCUCUGAAAAUCUGGAGUCCAGAGCGACUCAGCAUCAGAGGCCUCUGGGACUGAUGCAGGUGCAUCAGGGUUAGUUGCUGAUACAGGUAGCAGGACUUCUGUAUUUGAUGCAGCUACAAAGUUGGCCCUAGUUGCCUGAUGCUUCUUACCACCCCCCGGCCUCCCCAACAAUUCAUCACCCUCACCCCCCAACUUCCCUGUCUCAUUUUGGAUGCUGAACCUGUCACUACCAAACUGCACAUGAAGUUGUCAGCUGGUACAGAAAUGUAGCCAACAUGUGCUCUUCUCAGUGUGGGUAUUUUAAAAUGUGUGUUUAUUUAAAAUUAUAGUUUAAAAUAUUUUAAGUCCUGGUGAGAAAAGCUCAUGUUGGCUGUUAGGUGAUUCCUUUUGUGGUCAGGUCAGCGGGGACAGGACACACAGCAGAGCUGGAGCAGAUGGAUGAGGGGAUGCGACAGCAUCAGUACUUGGCUGAAUGCAGGAAACAAACCACUGAGACUCGAGUGGGCAAGCAGAGUUUAGAAUGGUGCAGGAUAACACACUAGUGACUCACCCUUCUGUAGUUCCCUUUAUUCAUUCAAAAUUUUUAAUAUACCAGAAUAAAGCUGCUGGGAGUUUGUCUGUUUGAAUCUUGAAUUUGGAAAGGGUAAAAUAUCCAAUUGGUGAAGUUCACCAGCAAAUGCGUAAAGCCUCCCCUGGCUAUUCCUAUGUGCCAUAUCUGCAUAAGCAUUAACCUAUUUAAGUAGCACACACAGGAAUAUGCUCUGGGUGCUUUAAGCAUUUUCAAUUUGAAUUUGAAGCACGAAAAUUUUACCCUCCGCUUGCAGUGCUUGUUGGUACUCCUUUCUAUGCUGUCAGACAAGCCAACUUCACAUUGAUUGACAAACCCCUUCCCUCCCCUCCUCUCCUGCUCCUUCCUGGCAUUAAAAAAAAGACACUAAAUGAGAAAAUGAAUUGUUCCUAUCAGUAGGUAUGCUGCUUCUUGAGAGUUCCACAACCUAUCUGCUGGGUAGGCUAUGAGCUGGCCCAGGCACAAUAAUGGAUAUCAUUUGUAUUUGGGGUAGGGGGGGAGGUUAAUGCACCUACCCAAUAUUAACACUAGGGAGGCAGUUACAUGCUUCUGCUUCCUGGGUCAGCACCCGAUGCAGUUGGCUACAGAGCCGUCUGCCAGUGCUAUUCCUUAAAUCACUUAGUAGUAGGCAAUAUGCACAAGCAACAUGGAGAACUGCAUGAAACGCAAAGGGGUAAUGUGGGAGUGGAAGACAAUAGGCAUGUACAGCACUGCUGAACUGAAUAAAUGGAAUUUACUUUUA